UUUUUUUUUUUGGCCAUGUGUCCCCCAGUCAACGUUCGCCAUGGGGCCAAGGGCAUGUCCUGCCUCUAUGCGGCCUGGCUAUACCAGCUUGUCCACGGAGACCAGAUGAAGAUCUGCUUUGCUUGCUUCAAGGCAGCUUUCCUGGUAGUUAAGAACAUGCUGGAGAUGGGAGACUGGGAGGAAGAGGAAUGGGGUGCUGAGCCCAUGGAACUCUCUGAGGCAGGAUCCGAGCCGGAGGAGUGGCCAGGGCUCAGCUGGGGAGAGGGCCAAGGGCAUCUGCCGCAUGGCACCUCUGUCUCUACUGGUCCUGCCAUCCUGACACCAGGCCCUGUAGGCACAGAAGGGAUAGGGCUGGGACCCCAGCCUGUGCCCACUGAGCUCGGGCCUCAGGAAGCUGUACCCCUGGACCUGGGCCCCGAGGAUGCUGAGUGGACCCAGGCCCUUCCCUGGAGAUUUGAUGGCCUCUCUCCUUGUUCUCACUGGCUCAUCCCCCCUCUGUCCUGGUGGGAUAUUUUCAAUGUGAGCCCAUCUCCUGGGCAACCUGUAUUGUUGGAGUUGAGCCCCACCUGGCCUAUGGAUCCGUUGGAAGCAGAAGCCUGGUUGGUAGACCUGAAGUUCGUCUUCUUGUUGGGUGGCUUCGAUGCCAUCUGUUACCUGCUGUCAAUGACUCCCUGCUGGGCUGUGAGGACCCGGGUCCAACGCUGGCAGGUGUUGCUGGACCCUGGUGAGGUGAGGGUGGCCCAGCUACAGAAUGCACCGGAACAGCAGGACCUGCAGCGCUGGAGGCUGAGCAUCUUGGAGUCCUCGGAGCUGGGGGUGGAGCUGGUGCCUGCGGAUUGCAGCCUGAAGAAGGGAGGCUUCAAGGUGCACUCGUACCUGCCCUGGCACAGUGACACCCCGGAGGUCUGGAGCAGGGAGCCAGGGGAGAGGCUCCUUGUCGUAGAAGUUGUGUCUCUGAGGGAGCUGCCCUGCUUUCGCUCCCCCUCCCCUGAGUCACAGAACUGA